AUGGGCACGGCCUCGUCGCUCGUGAGCCCCGCGGGGGAGGUGAUUGAGGACACGUACGGGGCCGGCGGCGGCGAGGCCUGCGAGAUCCCCGUGGAGGUGAAGCCCAAGGCGCGGCUGCUGCGCGGCUCGCUGCGGCGGGGCGCGGCGGGGCCGGCGGCGGGCGCGGCCGGGCUGCCGGGCGCCAGCUUCCGGUCCACCGGCUCGUCGGUGCCCGAGCUGGAGUGCGCGGCGGCCGAGCUCGAGCGGCUUCGGAAGGAGUACGAGAUCUUCCGGGUCAGCAAGGGCCAGGAGGUGCUGUCGCUGGGCCGCCGGGAGGCGCAGCUCGACUCCGAGAACCGGCGGCUGCGUGCCGAGCUGCAGGCACUUCAGAAAACCUAUCAGAAGAUUCUCCGAGAGAAAGAAAGCGCUCUAGAAGCAAAAUACCAAGCAAUGGAGAGAGCGGCUACGUUUGAACAGGACCGGGAUAAAGUGAAAAGGCAGUUCAAGAUUUUCAGGGAGACGAAAGAGAAUGAGAUUCAGGACUUACUGCGAGCCAAGCGCGAGCUGGAGAGCAAACUUCAGAGGCUCCAGGCUCAGGGCAUCCAAGUGUUCGACCCCGGGGAGUCUGAUUCAGACGACAACUGCACGGAUGUCACUGCUGCUGGUACCCAGUGUGAAGACUGGGCGGGUGGAGCCCUGGGCAGCGAGCCCUCCCUGGGGAGCAUGGUCCAGCUCCAGCAGUCCUUCCGAGGGCCUGAGUUUGCACACAGUUCCAUCGACGUGGAGGGCCCCUUCGCCAACAUCAACAGAGACGACUGGGACGCUGCGGUGGCGGGUUUGUUGCAGGUGACUCCCUUGCUCUUGAACUGUCUGUGGAGUAACUCUGUCAGGUGCUACCUCCUCUACACAGAUGAGACGCAGCCGGAAGUGGAUCUUUUCCUUCAGGACUAUGCCCCUAAACUCAAAAGAAUGUGCGAGACCCUGGGGUAUUUCUUCCAUGUGAUUUAUUUUCCAAUUGAUGUUGAAAAUCAGUACCUCACCCUAAGAAAAUGGGAGCUUGAGAAGAGUUCUGUAGUUAUUUUGUUUGUCCAUUCAACAUUGCCAAGCUUUUUAUGGGAAGACUGUGAAGAGGCUUUUCUGAAAAACACAGAAGGGAAACCACGAUUGAUUUAUCAUCUCUUGGAAGAUGGGAAAGUCACUUCUGACUCUGUCCAGCAGUUGAUCGAGCAGGUUUCUAACUUAAACAACACCAGCAAAGCCAAGAUCAUUGGCCACUCAGGAGACCCCGCAGAGGGAGUAUACAAAGUGUACAUCUGUGUGGAGAAGAUCAUCAAGCAGGACAUACUGGGCUUUGAAAACACAGACUUAGAAACCACCGAGCUGGGCAGUGAAGAUUCCAUGGUGGACGAAGAUGACCUGGGGGAUGUCCUCUGGGACAUUCACGACGAACAGGAGCAGAUGGAAAUGUUUCAGCAGGCCUCUAGCUCAGCCCAGGAGCUGGGAUUCGAGAAAUAUUACCAACGCCUGAAUGAUCUGGUAGCGGCCCCAGCCCCGAUUCCACCGCUGCUGGUGUCCGGAGGACCCGGUUCUGGCAAGUCCCUUCUUUUAUCCAAGUGGAUUCAGCUGCAACAGAGCACGGCCCCCGGCACCCUGAUCCUCUCCCACUUUGUGGGCAGACCCAAGUCCAGCAGCGCGGAGGCCACCUCCAUCAUCAAGAGGCUGAUGCUCAAGCUGAUGCAGCACUCCUGGGCAGUAUCUGCACCAACCCUGGACCCUGCGAAGCUUCUGGAAGAAUUCCCACGUUGGCUAGAAAAGCUGUCAGCGCGCCAUCAGGGCAGCAUCCUCAUCGUCAUCGAUUCCAUCGAUCAGGUGCAGCAAGUAGACAAGCACAUGAGCUGGCUGAUCGAUCCACUGCCGGUGAAUGUCAGAGUCGUGGUUUCCGUGAAUGUGGAAACAUGCCCUGCAGCCUGGAGGUUGUGGCCUACGCUUCAUCUUGACCCCUUAAAUCCAAAAGAUGCAAAACGUAUAAUAGUGGCCGAAUGUCAAUCUGUGGACAUCAUGCUGUGCAAAGAACAGGAGCAGCAGCUGGAGAGGCACUGUCGCUCGGCUACCACCUGUAAUCCCCUGCACGUCACUCUUCUUGGCAAAAUGAUGGCUCGUGCGGGGAGAGCGGGCAGCCUGGAUGCGGUGCUCUGCCAGUGUCUGCAGUGUGAAGACACCGUGUCCUUAUACAGGCUCAUCCUGCGCUCCGUCCACGACUCCUUGCCAGAAGAGGGCCACAGAGAGCUGAUGAGACAGAUCCUCUGCCUGGUCAGUAUUAGCCACAAUGGCCUGAGCGAGUCGGAGCUAAUGGAGCUCUAUCCCGAGAUGACCUGGGCUGGGCUGACCUCCCUCAUCCACAGCCUUCACCAGCUGUGUCUGUUGACAUACGGCUGUGGGCUACUCAGAUUUCAGCAUCUGCAGGCCUGGGAAACAGUGCGGCUGGAGUACAUGGAUGGGCCCCAGGCCAUCUCUUCCUACCGGCAAAAGCUGAUUAGCUACUUCACCCUGCAGCUAAGUCAGGACCGGGUGACCUGGCGGGGUGCAGAUGAGCUGCCCUGGCUUCUCCAGCAGCAAGGAAGCGGCCAUGAGCUGCAGGAUUGCCUGCGGAACCUCCCCUUGGCUCAGAGCCUUUACAGACGAGGACACCUGGCUGAGCUACUCAGCUACUGGCAGUGUGUGGGCAAAGACAAAAGCUCCAUGGCUGCAGAGUACUUCGACGCCCUGAAGCAGUAUGAGAAGACCUGCGCCGGCGGCGACGGCCUGAUCUGCCUGGCUGAUCUCUACGAGACGCUGGGCCGCUUUCUCAAGGAUCUGGGCCUCCUCAGCCAGGCCGUGGUACCUCUGCAGCGGUCCCUAGAAAUCCGAGAGACAGCUUUGGAUCCAGACCACCCGAGAGUAGCCCAGUCUCUGCGCCAGCUGGCGAGCGUGUACGUGCAGUGGAAGAAGUUCGGGAACGCGGAGCAGCUGUACACACAGGCGCUGGAGAUCUCCGAGAACGCCUAUGGUGCCGGCCACCCACACACCGCCCGGGAGCUGGACGCGCUCGCAGCCCUGUGCCAGAAACAGAACAAAUACGAACAAGCCGAGCAUUUCAGGAAAAAGUCCUCUAAAAUACGCCAGAAAGCUACAAGGAGGAAAAGCAACUUGCGUGCAUUUGCCCUCUUGCGGCGACGGGCCUUGCAGUUAGAAGAGCUCACUCUGGGCAAGGACACGCCCGACAGUGCCCGCACCCUCAAUGAGCUGGGCGUCCUCUACUAUCUGCAGAACAACCUGGGCACAGCUGAGCAGUUUCUGAGGCGCUCCUUAGAAAUGAGGGAACGUGUCCUAGGGCCCGAGCACCCCGACUGUGCCCAGUCACUCAACAACCUGGCAGCGAUCUGCAAUGAAAAGAAGCAGUACGACAAGGCAGCAGAGCUGUACGAGAGGGCACUGGAGCUGCGGCGGCGUGCGCUCGCUCCUGACCACCCGUCUCUGGCCUACACAGCAAAGCAUCUAGCAAUCUUGUAUAAGAAAAUGGGAAAACUUAACAAAGCCGUCCCUCUGUAUGAACUGGCCGUCGAAAUUCGUCAGAAAUCCUUUGGCUCAAAGCAUCCUAGCGUAGCCACUGCCUUGGUGAACUUAGCAGUGCUUUAUAGCCAGAUGAAAAAGCACACAGAGGCCUUGCCCUUAUAUGAACAAGCCUUGAAGAUCUAUGAAGCCAGCCUGGGGCGGAUGCAUCCUCGAGUCGGAGAAACUCUAAAAAACCUAGCUGUGCUCAGUUACGAGGAAGGAGAUUUUGAAAAAGCUGCAGAACUGUACAAAAGAGCAAUGGAAAUCAAAGAGUCAGAAACAUCGCUGUUGGGUGGAAAAGCUCCUUCGAGACACUCAUCAAGUGGAGACACAGCCAGUCUAAAAACCACGCACUCGGCUGGGCAAGGUGGCUCACGCCUGUAAUCCCAGCCGCCCUGGAGGCUGAGGUGGAGAGGAUCAAGACUCAAGGUGUGUGAACAAAGAAGUCCCAGUGAGCUCAUCACAACCAAAGAAAAGCCAGGCACUGUGGUGCUACGUCGCCAAAGGAACCAUAAAUAGGAGGACUGCAGUCUGGGCCGGCCCAGAUAAAAAGUGAGACCCUACUUGAAAAACAAUGAAAGCAGAAAGUGCUGGAGCACGGGACUGUGGUCGGGGGCGAGGCCCUGAGUUCAGACCCCACUGCUGCCCACCCCACUUCAAAAAAAAAAAAAAACUUCAUUUUCCUGCUUUCCCUCCUCAAGGACAAAGGGAAUAGUAGAAACUACAAAGCUGAGCAACUGGGCAAAAUAAGCAUUUGGAUUUUAAGCCUUCCUGUUUUGAUUUUUACCAAGUAUGAUUUAAAGGCCAUUCAGACGGAGUUGGUACCAGACUACACUGUGUCAGAUGGGGUGCACUAACGGCAUUACCAGAGUCUGCCGGUGCGUUAGUGUGAGCCAAGCCGGGGAGUGUUGUCUGUCUGUCUGUCUGGGAAGAGCAGGCACAGCGAGCGCACAGGGCUCGAGGACUUGUCUUUUCCUCUCGGGACCAACGCAGCCUCUCCAGCCAUGCCCCACCUUUGCGUCCCCAGGGCAGUUGUAUACCAGGUCUCUACCUCAUCAUGUGAAAGUGUCCGGGACUAACGGCAUGCUGUCCAGAAGUGGUUGGGAUUGAUCUCCAGUGGAACAGGAAGUCCUCACUGCGACACUGUGCUUUUAUUAUUACUUGAGCUUUUCCCUCGGUGAGUCGCGGUGCCGGGCUUUGUGCGCGUGUCUCUGUGCUCUGUGGGAAGCGACAGCAGCCACGCGCCAGGCUCCGUGUUCUCCACCAUCCUCCCAAGUGGCCUUCACCCAGCGGCGUCACCGCUCACCACCAACUCAAAGCAGUCUGCCCUUUUGAUGCCAAACACUCAGUAUCUUUAUAGACUUGAUGAAUACCGUUUGGGGUAUUGCUGGCUUUGUCAUCCUUUGUGCAUCUAUACAAAGUCAUCCAUUUUAAUACUGAGUCUACUAAAGGUGUGAAAGGUGUAAAAAACAAAAACCACCACCCCAUACUUCACGGCUAGAACACCAAAGUGCAAACUGAUUCAAGUUCUCUUUCCUUUCCCUAUAAACAAGAGGAUUGCCUUCUGCAUAAUGACUGGAGGAAGACGCUGCUGAGCGUUUUUCUUGAAGACUGGAACGCCGUGGGUGCUCGUGCAGUGUCUGUCUCUCAGUGCUUGGCCCCGAGGCCCCGCUCCUCCGGCUGGGCUAGGAACACAUGUAGCAAGUUCUCAGGCCUGGGACAUCCCAAGUGAGAAUCUGCGCUUCAGCCAGGCCGCUCGGGAACACUCAUGGGCCCAUGCUUCAGUCACUGACAUGUUACAAGAAACGGGGUGCUGGGUGCCCAUGGCUCAUGCCUGUCAUCCUAGCUACUCAGGAGGCUGAGAUCUGAGGAUCACAGU